AUGGAGCAAAAAGCGGAUUGUUUGAGUGCAAAAUGGACCCGAAGUCUUCAGGAUAUCCCUCCUUUUACUCGUGAACUUCUUGAGCGACAUUUAAUUGGUGAAACAUCCCAAAAAAGCCCGAAGGCCAAACAACCAAAUGCACACAAACACAAGAAAUAUGGCUAUCAGUUGUUCAAAGAUAAAAUUUCUAAGGUUAAAGUUAUCCCUAAUGUACUUCACCUAGGAGGAAUGCUUUUUUAUCUUAAGUGUACUGUACAUGCUUCAAUGAAAAAGAUUGAAUAUUCAGUUAAUGUGCACCUAAAACAAGAUACUGGGGAAGUGAUUGAAGCUAGGUGCACUUGUGUAGCAGGAAAUGGUGGCUGCUGUAAACAUGUUGCUGCAGCUUUAUUUCAAAUGCUGGACUUCAUUGAACUUGAACUUACAGAGGUCCCAGAUGAUUUAACAUGCACGCAACUCUUACAAGAAUGGCAUGUACCUAGUUGUGAAAAUAUCAAAACAGCCAUACUUUUUGAUAGUGUAAAAUUUAGCAAGGCAACAUCUACAAAAAGUUCAUCUCAUUUAAUUGAAAUUAGUAACCCAGCUCCAGCAUUUGCUCAAACUGUGACAGAGAGUGAUAUUCAAAAACUGAACAAAGAAUUAAAAAUUCACUGCAACACCAAUCAGCUAAAUGCUGUGGAAGUACGAGAUGCAAUUUUAAACCAGGUCACAACAGAUCAAACUAACUUAAACAAACACAUACCAUCCCCAGAAUACAAUGAAUUUGUUUUUGAAACCUUAUACAAAUCCAAAGAGCAGAUACAAAACAUUGAAUGCAAUACAAGAGGGCAGUCAGAUGAUGAAUUAUGGUAUCAAGAACGUCGCAUAAGAUUAACAGCAUCAAAUUUUGGUUCUGUUUUGAAGCGCAGAGAGAGCAUUCACCCAAAAACAAUUUUGAAUAAACAAUUUAAUUCCAAUUGCACCAAAAGUGUGCCAAAAGCAUGUUUAUGGGGUCAAAACAAGGAAGAAAUUGCCAUCAAAGAAUACAUAGAAAAAUGCAACCAAAACAAUAAUUUGAUCAAAGCAUGUGUGUCAUGUGGCUUCAUUGUAAAUGGUCAAGUUCCAUGGCUUGGUGCUAGUCCUGAUUGCUUGCUGUAUGAUCCUACUGAGUGCACAAAUUAUGGAAUUGGGGAAGUCAAGUGUCCUUUUUCAAAAAAGGAAAUGACAAUUGACAGUGCAUGUGAUGACCCUACAUUCUUUCUUGAGCACAAAUCAAAACCUACAUUAAAGAGAAACCAUAACUACUUCUAUCAAAUACAAGGCUUGAUGGCUACUUGUAAUGUUGAAUGGGCUGAUUUGAUUGUAUAUACAGAAAAUGACCUUUUCAGUGAACGAAUAUAUUUUGACACUGAAUUAUGGAAUAAAACUAUGCUCCCAAAAUUAACAUCAUUUUACUUCACAUACAUAUACCCUAAAUUAGUGAACAAAUAAAGCG